AUGGGUGAUGAUGAAACCACAGCUCUUGUCUGUGAUAAUGGUUCUGGGCUUUGUAAGGCUGGAUUUGCAGGAGACGAUGCUCCCCGGGCUGUCUUUCCAUCUAUUGUUGGGCGACCUCGGCACCAGAUUUGGCAUCAUUCUUUCUACAAUGAACUUCGUGUUGCCCCUGAAGAGCAUCCUGUACUGCUCACAGAAGCUCCUUUAAAUCCCAAGGCUAAUCGAGAGAAAAUGACUCAGAUAAUGUUUGAAACAUUCAACGUACAAGCAAUGUACGUGGCCAUUCAAGCCAUUCUCUCCUUGUAUGCAUCUGGACGAACUACCGGAAUAGUUCUGGACUCUGGAGAUGGCGUGACACAUAAUGUACCUAUCUAUGAAGGUUAUGCCCUGCCACAUGCUAUCAAGAGACUAGAUCUGGCUGGUAGAGAUCUCACUGAUUAUCUCAUGAAAAUUCUUACAGAGAGAGGAUAUUCUUUUGUUACUACCGCGGAGCAUGAGAUUGUGCGAGAUAUUAAAGAAAAGUUAUGCUAUGUGGCUCUGGAUUUUGAGAAUGAAAUGGCUACUGCUGCUUCUUCAUCUUCUUUGGAGAAGAGCUAUGAACUUCCCGAUGGCCAAGUCAUCACAAUUGGCAAUGAAAGGUUUCGAUGCCCUGAAACUCUCUUCCAGCCAUCCUUUAUAGGAAUGGAAUCUGCUGGAAUCCAUGAAACAACUUAUAACAGCAUAAUGAAAUGUGAUAUUGAUAUCCGUAAAGAUCUUUAUGCCAAUAAUGUGCUUUCUGGAGGAACCACCAUGUACCCCGGUAUUGGUGAUCGUAUGCAGAAAGAAAUCACAGCACUGGCUCCAAGUACUAUGAAAAUUAAAAUGAUUGCACCUCCAGAACGUAAAUAUUCUGUUUGGAUUGGAGGUUCCAUAUUAGCUUCUCUGUCAACUUUCUAG